CCAAUCCCCCAUCGCGCGCCGGUCAAAUCUCCGAGCUCGAGCUGCCACUUCCCCUCUCCUUCGUCGUCCCGAUCAAUCAGGUCAGGAAGAACGAUUCCAGAAGCCUCCUUCCCCGCGAAGCAAUCCAACCAACUGCCCAGAUCCAAACCAAACCCCCGCCCAAAAUCCUCCGCCGCGAAACCCUAGCCUCGCUCCAUGCCCUCCCGCCACCCUCGCCGAUGAGGUCGCUCCGCCGGGUGCUCCUCCCGCUCGUCCUCCUCUCGGGCCUCGCUUUCCGCGGGGUCCGCUUCGACGACGCGGCCGCCGCCCCGGCCCCCCUCCUCCUCCCGUUCCCCCUGCCGCCGCAGCAGCCCCUCGCGCUCCCCGCUGGCGGACGGCCACAGGAUGAGUCCGACUCCACGGAGAUCGUCGCGGUGCCGCCGCCACUGCCGCCCAGGGAGCUCCUCGUCAGGCCGCCGCGCCGCCAGUCCGUGCCGGCCAACGUGGUGCCAGAGGAGACGGAGCCAGCCGUCAGAUCCGAGCUACAAUUUUAUGACAAUGGCACAAUUCAGCUUGUGGACCGUCUAUCACAAGCUCCCCUGUGGCACUUCUCCACUGGACCGCCUAUUUCUAAACACAUUACUACAACAAACUCUGAUUUGAGCUAUCUCAUAUAUCCUAUGGAUGAGUCUGAUCUUGUGGAAGUUCAUAAUGGCACCGGCGUGAAACUUCCCUGGGAAAUGGAAGAGUUCAUUGCUAGGACUCCAUACAUACGGGAUUCUGUGGUUACUAUUGGAUCAAAAACUUCAACUAUUUUUGCUGUUGAUGCUGAUAGUGGUGAGAUCAUUUACAAGCAUAGCCUGCCGCCUGCCUUGAAUGAAUCGGGAGAAUCCCCGGUUGAAGAAGCACCAUCCAAGUUAGAUGCUGGUAGAAGUCCUAAUAUCAUUGUGGUUGUGAGAACUGAUUAUUCUCUAAGUGCAUCAGAUCUUGGUGUACACUUAUUUAACUGGACAAGAACUUCUUUCUCUGCUAACUACUAUGUGAAACACAGCCACUCAGAUAUGCUUGAACAAUCAUCCUGUCUGCGAGGAAAUAUUCCAUGCAUUAGGACCAAUGGUGUACCGCUCAAACUUACUUUACCUGAUUCCAGUACAGCGAAUGCACUUGUCUUGCUAGAUGUCAACAAAGUUACCACUAGGGAUGAUGCUGAUGCUUUGAAACUACUUGGUACUUUGGUGAACUCACGACAAGCUGGUAGUAAGUCUGGUGUAGUCCUGGAAGGCACUCAGAAUCGAACUGUUGGUGGUGCUCUUGGUCGUCUUGUUUCUGCACAUCCUCAAACCAAUAGGUCCACUUAUAAUGCUUAUGGAUUUUUAUUCCCUGUGCUUUCCUUAUUGGUGCUCCUCGCUUGGCUGGUGAGGUGGGCCUAUUCAAGCAAGUCUUGCAGGCAAUUCAUGAGUCUACUUAUGAAGCCAUUUGUCCGUGAAAAGAAAUCGAUCGACCUUAGAGGCAAGUCAGAGGGAGCUUCUAAGAGAAGAAAAACACGGAAGAAAGAUGGAAUGUCCAACAGCACCGAGAUCGGUUCAGCAUCUGACAAAGAGAGUAGUGGAACUGGUGGGUCAAAUGAGACGCCAAAUGCACUCCCUUAUGGCCUUGAUGGUUGUCAGAUUGGUAAACUUCGUGUUCACAAAAAAGAAAUUGGUAAAGGGAGCAAUGGCACAGUGGUCUUUGAGGGUUCGUAUGAUGGCCGUGAAGUUGCAGUGAAAAGGCUGCUACUAUCACACACAGAUAUAGCACAAAAAGAGAUUGAGAAUCUUAUUGCAUCUGAUCGUGAUCCUAAUAUUGUCAGGCUGUAUGGCUGUGAUCAGGAUGACAACUUUGUUUAUAUCUCCCUUGAGAGGUGCCGCUGCAGCUUGGCUGAUUUAAUCCAACAGCAUACAGAUCCAGCACUUUCAGAUGUUGAGAGAAUAGAUGUAGAACUGUGGACGCAGGAUGGACUUCCUUCCGUGCAACUCCUAAAGCUAAUGAGAGAUGUUGUUGCUGGUCUUGUGCAUUUGCAUAGUUUAGGAAUCAUACAUCGCGAUUUGAAGCCUCAGAAUGUUUUAAUAAGUAAGGAAGGACCUUUCAGUGCGAAGCUUUCAGAUAUGGGUAUCAGUAAGCGCUUGCAAGAGGAUAUGGCUUCACUUAGCCAUCAUGGCACUGGAUUUGGAAGCUCUGGUUGGCAAGCACCGGAACAGCUUCGUCAUGAAAGUCAGACUCGUGCAAUGGAUUUAUUUAGUUUGGGCUGCCUUAUUUUCUAUUGUAUCACUAAAGGCAAGCAUCCGUUUGGUGAGUACUAUGAACGGGACAUGAACAUUAUAAAGGGCAACUUUGAUCUCUUCGUGGUGGAUCACAUACCAGAAGCAGUGCAUCUUAUUUCUCAGCUGUUACAACCAAAACCGGAAGACAGACCAACAGCAGUGUACGCGAUAAAUCAUCCUCUCUUUUGGAGCCCUGAGUUAAGGCUGUUGUUUCUAAGAGAUAGCAGUGACAGAGUUGAGAAAACCACUGAAACUGACCUCCUUAAUGCUCUAGAAAGCAUAGGGCAUGAAGCUUUUGGUGGAAAAUGGCGAGAAAAGUUGGAUGAUGGCCUGGUUGCCGACAUGGGUCGUUAUAGGAAAUAUAAUUUUGAGUCAACUCGUGACCUUCUCAGGUUGAUUAGAAACAAGUCAGGACAUUACAGAGAGCUUUCAGCUGAUUUAAAGGAAUUACUUGGGUCACUGCCCGAGGGAUUUGAUCGCUACUUCUCCAGCCGAUUUCCAAAGCUGCUGAUUGAAGUGUACAAGGUUAUGUAUGUGCAUUGCAAGGAUGAGGAAGCUUUCAGGAAAUAUUUCAUUGGAAGCUCGGUAUAACCAUAGCCCAUAGGAGAUGCCAUCUCUCUAGUGUAUGCACUGACAACCUUCACCUACCAACAUGUGUGUAUAUGUGAUAUGUAUCAUACUACCAUGGAAAGAAAUCAUAGGGUAUGUCAAAUAUGUACAUUGUAUUCCACAGAAUUGUAUUGUUACAAUGUAACUAAUAAACUAAUGGACUAUGCAUAAAAAAAUGGACCAUCCAUACAAAAUAAAUCAAUGAAUUUUCCUGUA